UUUACGUCGAAAAUGGUAAGCGGGAUAUUGAGUGCAAAUGAGAUUACUGCGAAAAAGCGAUCAACUGCGGUGAUGGCAAAAACGAUUUUGUUUCUAUUCUACAUUUGUCAUCUGGCCACCUUGCAACAAUAUCAGCAAACAGCGGUACUUUACUGCAGUGUCUCGCUAUAUUAAAUUAAUGCCAGCAGUCCGGCUAAAACUCAGUUAGCAGCUGUCGGUUGGAGGCAAAAUACGUUCAAUUAGCGAAGCGAAGCUGAUAAAAAUAUUUUGUUUUGUUACUAAUUAAAUAACUGCUUACAAAAACAAAACAAAAAAAGAAACAACAAGAGCAAAAACAUGUUAAGCACAAAUUCUAGCAAGCUUUGGGGUUUCGUUUUGCUUUUUUGCUGCAGCUUAGCGUUGGUGUGCGAUGCUCAGGAAAGCACUUCAAAUAAACCCUGUCCACCCAACGAGACUUAUACACCCUGUGGUUCACCCUGUCAAACUGAAUGCUCCACGCUGAAUGAGCCAUGUCGGAUACAGAAUAUUCGCUGCCCCGAUGGUUGUUAUUGUAAUGAAGGUUAUGCACGUGAUAGUAAUGGGGUUUGCAUACCGAAGAAAGAUUGCCCGUAAAACUAAAGGAAUGAAGAGUGAAAAAUUUAUAAAUAACCAGGUUUAUUGAAAAUGUAAAAAAAUUAUAACAAAAUACUUGUUUUUGAGCAAAAAUUUUAAAAAAGAAAUUGUAUUAGAUUUGAAGGAUUUUAAAGAAAAUAAAUUCGAGUUGAUUUGACUAAAAUACAAAUUUUAGAAAAAA